GCGCUGCCUCAUUUGAUUAUUGGACAUAAAAACGUAACACAAAGUUUAUUAUUGUGGAUUGUUUGAUAUUUUAAUAUAUAUAUUAAUGAUUGUUGAUUAUCUUUAUUAAUAAUUAAUAAUUUUAAAAUGGGUAAGAAAAAUAAAGGAAGCGAUUUAGGCAAAGCUUUGAUAAGAGAUCGUUUUGGUUCUAAAAAACGUGGUGCUGGAUCAAUGCUCCAUAGUGCUGACGUAGAAGAUGGAUACCGAUGGGACAGAUUGAAUUUGCGAUCAAUAACCCAAGAAAAUACAUUUGAAGAGUUUCUAAGAACUGCACAAUUAGCAGGGACAGAAUUUCAAGCUGAAAAACUAGAUAUUAAAUAUGUAAAUCCUCAGAGUGGAAUGGGAUUGCCCACUGAAAAAGAACGAGCUGAUUUGUUGGAGUUGUAUAAAACAAACGCAAAUUUACUGAAAAUACCUAGAAGACCAAAGUGGGACGAUCAUACCAGUGCACAGGAGCUACAUGCCAGAGAGAAUACCGAGUUCCUGGAGUGGCGCAGACAGCUUUCACUGCUCCAAGAAGCCGGAGAGAUGACGAUAACUCCUUAUGAAAAGAAUUUGGAAUUUUGGAGACAAUUGUGGAGAGUCGUUGAGCGCAGUGAUGUCGUUGUGCAGAUCGUUGAUGCGCGAAACCCGCUGCUGUUUCGGUGCGAAGAUCUUGAGAAGUAUGUCAAGGAAAUAGAUGCUGAUAAGAAAAAUAUGAUACUUGUUAAUAAGGCUGACUUUUUGACUGUCGAACAACGGCAGGCUUGGUGCGAUUACUUCACUGAAGUUGAUAUCAAAGUUGCUUUCUUCUCGGCAUUGGAUGCUGCUGAGUUGAAUGAUAAAAAUAAAACUUCUGUGAUAGAUGAAGAAGAUGAAGACCAAGAGGGAAAAGAUGAUGAUGAUGAUGAAGAUGAAGAUGAAACUGAUGAAGAAGAUGAUGAUGAUGUUUCUAAUAACACGAAUGAUGGUGAAAGUGAAAUAUCUUCUUAUGUAACAGAUUUUGGAUCUGACAGUGAGUAUCAGAGUGCUGAUGAUAAUGAGAUAAUAGAACCAGAUAAAAAUCCUACGAAUGAAAACGAAGAUAAAGAAGUAAAAAAUACAGAUGAAGUAGAAAGUAUCCAAACACUGGAAAUGAAUUCACCGGAACUUUUAACGAGGGAACAAUUAAUAUCUUUUUUUAAAUCAUUGAAAGGUGAAAAAACUUAUACUCCUAAUGUUGUAACGAUUGGUCUAGUCGGAUAUCCAAAUGUUGGUAAAAGUUCAACCAUAAAUGCCAUCAUGGCUGACAAAAAAGUAUCAGUAUCAGCUACUCCAGGAAAAACAAAACACUUUCAGACACUUUUCGUUGAUAGCGAAUUGCUAUUGUGCGAUUGUCCGGGUUUAGUGAUGCCCAGUUUUAUUUGUACAAAAGCUGAGAUGGUUUUGCACGGAAUACUGCCAAUAGACCAGCUACGAGAUCACGUUCCGUCAGUUACGUUACUAGGCACGUGGAUACCACGACAUAUUCUCGAAGACACCUAUGGUAUAAUGCUUCCACCACCCCGGGACGGUGAAGAUCCAACGAGACCACCGACUUCUGAAGAAAUUCUCAACACUUACGGGUACAGUCGGGGAUUCAUGACUGCAAAUGGUCAGCCAGAUAAUCCCCGCUCAGCUCGUUAUCUUCUAAAAGAUUUCGUCAACGGGAAACUACUGUUCUGCGUCGCGCCACCGAAUAAAAAGCAGGAAGAGUAUCAUACUUUCCCCCCUAGACGUCGAAUUUACUCAGCGAAUCAUGUGAUAACUCCACAAGCAUUGCGAGCUAGCAGAGGAGUUACUGUCACUAAUGAAGACAUCGAUCGGGCUUUUUUUAAGAACAAAGGACAUGGUGUUCAUGUCAAGGGGCUUCCGGGUAAAAUGAACCCUGAAAAUUCACAAAACCUCGACAGUAAACCCUGGAAAAAAAUGAACAAACAUGUCAAUAAAAAGAAGAAAGAGAAAACACGUCGUCUUUACAGUCACUUAGAUAUUCAUUAAUACAAA